CUCAUCGACAUCAACAAUAUCAAAACUACAACCAAAAACAAAAUCAUCAGAAAUCAAUGUUUCAUCAACUACCCCAUCAGUAAAAAAAUCAAAUUCAGAAAAUGUAGUCAAACAGCAACAAUCAUCAUCACAAACACCUCAAAUAAAUAAUAAUUCAACUAGUAUUAGUAAUAGGAAAAAUUCAUUGCUCAAACCCGAUGAUAUAUCGAUUACAUCGACGAAAAAUAUAACUUCUGAUCAUUCCAAUACAUCAAGAAAAAAUUCUUUAACGGCACCAACCGACACACCAAGAAAAAGUUCUUUAACGCCACCAACCGAUGCACCAAGAAAAAGUUCUUUAACGCCACCAAUCGACACACCAAGAAAAAGUUCUUUAACGGCACCAACCGAUGCACCAAGAAAAAAUUCUUUAACGGCACCAACCGAUGCACCAAGAAAAAGUUCUUUAACGGCACCAACCGACACACCAAGAAAAAGUUCUUUAACGGCACCAACCGAUGCACCAAGAAAAAAUUCUUUAACGGCACCAACCGACACACCAAGAAAAAGUUCUUUAACGCCACCAACCAAUACAUCAAGAAAAAAUUCUUUAACGGCAAUAACCGAUUUAAAAUUACCACAUGCUCAAACGGUGAAUAGUCUAAGUACGAUGACUCAACAGUCAUCACCACAAAAAACAACUCUUACACAAACAACAAGUGCUACAGAAUUAACAAAAAAACCAUCAACAACAACUGUAAUGAUAGAUGAUGAAAAACCAUUGGAUCGAUCACAUUUGUCAAAAACAAUGGAUAUGAAAAAAGAGCAUCAGCAUCAGCAAACGCACACGGAUAAGUCAUUAAUACCAACAAUGAAAAAAAGGUAA